AUGGAACGUCAAGGAUUGAAUCAGCCACCUUUGCUCGCUAGCAUGGAUUUUGCUCAAUGGAAACUCCAAAUGAGAUCAUUUAUAUAUGGUAUUGACUUUCAUGCAUGGAGAAGUGUCGAACGUGGAUGGAAUCCUCCAAUGAAAGAGGUUGAUUCAAAAGCUCCUGAAGGAUCGUCUAUGCAAGAAUUAAAAGAUGAAGAUGAGUGGACUGACAAGGAAAUCAAAGCUAGUGAAGGAAAUCACAAAGCUUUGAAUGCUCUUUACGCAUCGAUGAGCAGAGAUGAAAAGAAAAGAGUUCAUAAUUGCGUUACCGCCAAACAGGUUUGGGAUAAACUUUGUGUUUUAAAUGAAGGUAAUGAUAUUGUAAAAGAACAACAAUAUUAUUCUGAAAUCGAUGCUUUGAAAAUGAGAGAUGAUGAAACUAUUGAUGAUUUUUAUAGUCGUUUUACUGAUCUUUCUAGUUUAUGUGAAAGCCUUGGAAGGCCGUUACAAGAAUCUGAUAUUGUAAGGAAAAUAUUACGAUCUCUUCCAAAGUCAUACAGGAUGAAGAAGACAACAAUCCAGGAGCAAUAUAAUCUAAACGAAUAUUCUGUGGACUUGUUGAUUGGAAAUCUAAAGGCUUGGGAGAUGGAGCUGGAUGAGGAUGAAAGACCAAAAGGUAAGAAUUCAAAAAAUAUUGCCUUCAAGGUUACUGAACCCUCAAAAUCAAAGUCUGAGGAUUCUGAACAUAAUGAAAUAUUACUGUUGACUAAAGAGUUUAAGAAAUUUUUGAAUCAGAAAAACAAUAGGAAUAAACAAAAUAAUCUUAAUUCUAGGAGAAAUUUUAAUAAUAAAAAUUUUGAAAAACGUAGUGAUAAUUUCUCUCAAAGGAAGUAUGAGUAUGGAAGUAGUAGUAACAACAAUAAGAAAUGUUAUACUUGUGGUGGCAUUGGCCACAUUGCUACUGAUUGUGGGAAUAAAAAGACUGAUUCAGGUAACAAGGCUUACAAGAUAUCUUGGAGUGACGAUGAUGAUAGCUCCACAAAAAGGGACAAAACAUUUGCUCUUGUAUCUUCUUUCUCGUUAGAUUAUGCAGGUUCUGAAAAUGAGGAUCAAGAAGAAGAUGAAGACAACAGCUAUGAAGAUAAUGAGAUGUUUGAAUAUCAAGCAAGAGUUAUAAAAGCUGCAGAGAAAAUUUCUGAAAAAAAUCUUCUGUUAAAACAACAAGUAGAGAUGCUGGAAAACGAAAAAGUGAAAUGGGAAGAGGAGAAACUGCACAUGCGAAAGAAAAUGGACUAUGGUGAUCAAGUGAUUGAACGAAAACAUCUUUUAGCCAAAAUUCAAAUGCUACAAAAUGAGGUAACAGAAAAGAAUAAUUUAAUUAACUUAUUAAACUCUAAACUUGGCAAGUUGCAGGUUUUGCUUGAUGGAACGAAUACCAAGGUUGAAAAGUUUCAACAUAGUUCGAAAUCACUAUUUGAUAUUCUGUGUUCAGGAAAAAGCUACAACGAUCGAACUGGCCUUGGAUAUACUGGUAAGAGUAGCUCAACUAGAAAUCCGAAUUUUUACACUAAUUUUGUCCGUGAACAAUCAGGUUCAAAGGAAUGUGAGAAAUACAUUGAAGAACAUGUAGAAUCGGAAAAACUUCAGACCUCAUUCAAAUCAAAUAUUGUCAACUCGAAUGAUAGGUAUGAGGAAGAUAUUCAAGAUAUUCGAAGUAAGUUGAAAGAGCAUAGUCAGCUUUUACUUGAUAUCUCUCGUUUUGUUGGUUUUUCUAAAUCUUAUAAAGAAACUAAACAGGAUACAGACAUGGUUAGGAGACAUUCAGGUAAGAAGGUUUGGAGGAAAAAGUAUAAUCAUGAUUCCAUAGAAGCUUUUUGUAAUUUGUGCCAUAUUGAUAUAGAUUAUGAAUCGAAUGAUAUUAAGGCUACGUGUAAUGUUGCUAUUACUGCGUUAUCUGCUAGACAGGAGGACACUUGGUAUAUUGAUAGUGGUUGUUCUAGACACAUGUGUGGUAACAAACAUUGGUUUUCUGACUUAGAAGAAUCAUGUGUGACAGGUGCGGUUACUUUUGGAGACGGGAAGAAAGCAAAAAUAAGAGGGAAAUGCUCAAUCAGAUCUCAGGAUCUUAACUGCUUAAAUAAUGUUCUUUAUGUUGAAGGUUUAUCUAAUAACCUUAUUAGUGCUAGUCAAUUAGCUGAUGAGUAUGAAGAUGUCUGGUUUAACAAACGUCGUUGUGUGGUUUUUGACAAAGAUGGUACAGUUGUGAUGGAAGGGGUUAGAUCAUGA